UUUACACAGUCAUUAAUUUAUUGAGUCCUGCACAUAUAUCAUAUAUAAAUAUAAUGUGAUCUGCAGGGCCGUUUUGAAAUCAUGGAGGCGUUUUUUAAUCGUUUUUUUUCUUCUUUUUUUUCGGGACUUUAAAUACUUUCGUAUGAUUCCACUAGUUUUAUUUAAUACGAUAUUAUUAUUAUUAUUACCAUCAUUAUUAUUCACAACAGCCCGUAUAGAAAAGUUCUUUCUAAACAAUGGAGCGCAGUUUGUACGAGUCCCCUCAGUACCAUCAUCAGAGAGCGGUGCGUCAACCCCAUUAUGUUUUACCAGGAAGAAGGGAGGAUAAACUCCACAACUCCUCUGAAGGAAUAAAAGCUCGGCGGCGGACAGGCUGAAGUUAUGAUCCUAAUAUGGCGGAAAAAGGUCCUUUUUUAACUUCAUGCAUCAUUUUCUACCUAUCGAUCGGGGCCGCAAUAUUCCAGAUCCUCGAAGAGCCCAACUGGAAAUCAGCCAGAGAAGAGUUUACACUGAAAAAACAGGAGAUUCUGAGGAAACAUUCGUGCUUAACCGAAGAAAGCCUGGCUGAGAUUUUGGAGAUCGCGUCAGAUGCCGCCGACCAAGGUGUGACCUUUGUCGGGGAACACCGAAACUCGUGGGACUGGGCGAAUUCCGUCAUCUUCGCCGCCACCAUUGUCACCACCAUAGGUUAUGGCAAUGUUUCUCCUAAGACUCGAGGUGGCCGCAUGUUCUGCAUCCUGUACGGUCUGUGUGGGAUCCCCCUGUGUCUGGUGUGGAUCAGCGAGCUGGGCUCUUUCUUUGGAGAUCGGGCCAAGCGUCUGUCCCAGGUUCUGAUCCGUAAAGGUGUUUCCGUGAAAAAAGUCCAGUUCACCUGUACAGCCCUGUUCCUGUUAUGGGGGCUGUUGGUGCACCUGCUGAUCCCUCCAUUUGUUUUCAUGUCUAUGGAAGGAUGGAGCUACCUGGAGGGCCUUUACUUCUCGUUCAUCACACUUACAACCGUCGGUUUUGGAGAUUUUGUAGCAGGUGUAAAUCCAAACAUGGAUUACCCCAGACUGUACAGGGUGUGUGCAGAGUUGUGGAUCUAUAUGGGCCUUGCCUGGCUGUCCCUCUUCUUCAGCUGGAAUGUCCACAUGGUUGUGAUAGCCCACAAAGUGCUAAAAAAAAGAAGACACAAGCACAGGCACCUUUUCAACGAGGAACCUCAUUCCAAUGACGAGAAGCCAAACCCAGAAGGAAAACUCAGACCGUCUGUUAUCGACAUCUUUAACUUCCUAUCAGAGAAGGAGGAAAACUACAGCACUGUCAUCAAGGAGAUCGGAGCGAUUAAAAGAAAGCCUGCACACAUUAACCGCUCCAAGAGCUGCAGUGACAUCCUGGCCACCAACAUCGAAACCCUGGAUCACUCACCUCGGCACAAGCGCAUGAUCAGCGUCAGCGAAGUGUUCGUUAACGCGGAGCCUGUCGUGGGCCAAGACGAACAGGAUUCGCGUCCUAUAAUCCAAGAAAGCUGCCCAGACCCCGAGUCAGCAGAAUGGCAAUGGACGGAUCAUGAGGAGAAAAAGGACAGUUGUCCACCUGAUUCAGAAAGUCAUGGUAUCGUUUUCACUGCACCUACAAAGGAUGACGCGCAAGAGGGAAGUGCAGCGGAUGCUGGUGGUGCAGGGCUCAGGUUCCUGAUAUCCAAGGUAGAAGAGGACUAUUUGUUAAUGAAUCAAGUUGAAAAAGGCUAAAAUAUAUUUUCUAAAACAUUCACUACCUUUACCAAAUUGUGGAAACUGUCACCUCUGUGACAUUUUUAUACGAAAGUAUUAUGGAUACUGUUAUGUACGUAGAAAACAAACAUUUUGUGCAAAUUAUACUAAAUGAAGGUUAAGACGGUUUCCUGCUUUAAAACACACACAAUGAGCCAAAGCCCGAACCAUUCUUCUACAAUUGUGGA